GCAGCACUUGCAGACAACGCGUUACAUUCCCUACCCAUAUUUGUAGAAAUCCCGCCUCCUGUACUGUGAUUGGCUGGUCUUUAAGACUAAAUAGUAUCUCAUUGGUCGGUUAUUUGCGAAUACAAACUCUUAUCCAAUCAAAGUGAAAAUGGAGUAAUGUGUUGAAUAUGGGUGAGUUAAAAAAAAAAAAAAAAAGAAAAAAAAAAAGAACUCAUCCAAGCAACCGUUUGAAUCAGCUUAUGAUUCGACAGGCAGGUUUUUGUUAUUUUAUACACACAAAGACAUUGAAAGAAAUUAUUUUUUGAUUGAUAUAUUUAGGGAGCACUUUGCAGAAUCGUAGAAUAGAGACCGGGAGUAGGUAUGAAUUUGGGAAGAUAAGGAAAAUUAAGUUAGCUAGCGAGCUAAUAGGCGAACUUGUGCGUUUUGUAAGAAAGACUCGUGAGUAUUAGCUCGGUCAUUAGAGCUCACAGCUCACACACUCCAGUUUACUAUAUAUGCCAAACGUUUGAGGUUUAAAAAAAUAAAUAAAAUGCCUAUAAAACUAACCACUCAGGCGUACUGUAAGAUGUUACUACACGCGGCUAAGUAUCCUCACUGCGCCGUGAACGGGCUGCUGGUGGCUGAGAAGCAGAAGGAGAAGAAGAAAGAGGGCCACGGGGUCUCGGUCCUGUGUGUGGACUGUGUGCCUCUUUUUCACGGCUCUUUAUCUCUGGCACCCAUGCUGGAAGUGGCCCUGUCUCUGAUCGAUACGUGGUGUAAAGAAAACAAAUACGUCAUUGCCGCUUACUAUCAAGCCAACGAACGCAUAAAGGAUGCGAGGCCUAGUCAUUUUGCUGAAAAGGUCGCUACGAGGAUUUUAGAAAACUUCAGCGAAGCAGCCAUGAUCAUCGUGGACAGCAGCAAGUUCACUAUGGGAUGCUCUGCACCGGCUCUUUCCAUCUACGAUCAUUCUGACAAUAAGUGGAAGUGCAGAGAUCCAAGCAUAGACCCAUUCGAGGACUGGACAGAAGCUCAGAAGAUCACAUCAGCCUUGCUGGAGAGCAGAUCCUACGAAAACCUCAUAGACUUUGACAACCACCUGGAUGACCUCAGGAACGACUGGACCAACCCCGAAAUCAACAAAUCCGUGCUGCAUCUCUGCUGAACCCGUCAUCCGGCCGCAGCACGCGUCACGUUAUCGUUACCGUAUUCCCAUUCACACCUGGAGGAAACAAGCUCUGAGAUCUGAGAUGGUUGAGAUUUCUAAUCCCUGUGAGGGACUAAGAGCAGCGUGAACUUAUUAACUUGUUAAAUGUUUUUACACAUCCACAUUUAUUCAGCACACCGCUACAGCGUUUCAUUCGGAUUGAUUGCUUUCUUUUUCUCAUUACCGCUUCUUUAGUUUGAUAAAAGUCACUAUUAUCGAUAUGAAUCAGCACAGACACUACCAGCUUCACGCCGACGUUUUCCGCCACGCGCACGUCCCGAAAUCAAGAUUAAAAUCUACCAUUUUGAAGAAUUGGAUUGGUUCUUUGCUUAUUUGCUUAUUUAACCUUUUAUUAAAUCUUAUUUUUUCCCCUAAGAUCCUUACAAAAUACAGCAGUAGAUUUUUUUUUAGAAAGUUGUUUGCAUUAACGUAGCCUCACAGAGAUGUUAAUAAUGAAAUUAGUCAAGAGAAUAGGUCAGGUUUUCCACUUCAUGACAUUUAAGUAAUAUAUUUAACCAUUUUAAUAUAUGACAAUAGGAAGGCGGGGGGCGGGGGGGACUAAGUCUUAAUAUAUAAACCACUUUUUAAGCUCUGCCAUGUUUGGGUUUAGUUCGUUAAGGCACAGUUGAUGUGUUUAAAAAAAAAAACAAAGUUAAAAAUAGUGCAGUAAUAUUCACGACUGAAAGGAACAUGUUUGUUUAUUGCUCUAAUCUGGUUUGAGAUCUCGGUGAUUAAAUUGAGUUUUUGUAAAACAAAAUGCGAGAAUAAAAUGUUUUUAAGCAACUGUC